UCCAGUACCACACAAGCACACACACACACAAACAGUGUUACUACUCUUCUACUUCUCUCUAAAUCUUAGCUAGCUAGCUAGCUGUAUACAUCUGAAACUAUUAGAAAGAGAAAGAUGAAGCUCCUGCCCUACACCUUGGCCCUCAUACUGCUGCUCCUCCUCACUUCCUCCUACCUCCAAGCCACCAUGGCUCUCUCAGAUUUCUGCAACUCCAAGUGCCAGGGCCGGUGCGCGAAGGCGGGGAAGACAGGGCGAUGCAUGCGGUACUGCGGGAUGUGCUGCGAGCAGUGCAAGUGCGUGCCGUCGGGGACGUACGGCAACAAGGAUGAGUGCCCCUGCUACCGCGACAUGGUCUCCUGGAAAACCAAGAGGCCCAAGUGCCCUUAAUUUUCGUUUUUUUAUCAUCUUAAAGUUUGCACUUUUAUUUAGUUAGUUAGUUAGUUAGUUAGUUGAGUAGUAAUAAUAAUAAUAGUAGUAGUGUUGUGGUUGAGUGUGGUUUGUUUGCAUGGUUCUGGUGCUUGAGUGUUGUUGGUAUAGUAUAAGUAGGUAUUUGGGGUGUUUUAUAUAUGGUAUUAGAUGGAAAGGAAUAAGCAUUUGUGAGUGUUGUUUGAUGGAUGAUAUUUGGGUGUAGAGUUCGCUCUUUGCAUCCCUCUGUGUUUUUAUGAAGUUAUAAUGUAUGAUUGUUCUCGUUGUUCACUUUCGAA